UCUGUUUUCUGUUUACAAGCCUGAAGAUGGCUGCUGCUGCUUCUUCCUGCAAUGUGGAAGAAGACGAGAGCCUGAAGGGAUGUGAACUCUACGUUCAGAAGCACAACAUCCAGCAGAUUUUAAAAGAGUGCAUUGUCAACCUUUGCAUAGCAAAGCCAGACCGACCCAUGAAGUUCCUCAGAGAACACUUUGAAAAAUUAGAAAAGGAAGAAUGCAAACAGAUCCUGGCUCGGCAGAAGUCCAGUUCCCAGUCUGAUUCUCACGACGAUGAGAUUUCCCCUCCUCCCCCCAACCCGGUGGUGAAGGCGCGGCGGAGGCGGGGCGGGGUCAGUGCCGAGGUGUACACGGAGGAGGACGCCGUCUCCUACGUCAGGAAGGUUAUUCCAAAGGACUAUAAAACUAUGACUGCUCUGGCAAAGGCCAUCUCCAAGAACGUGCUCUUUGCUCACCUUGAUGACAAUGAACGAAGUGACAUAUUUGAUGCCAUGUUCCCCGUCACACACAUCGCAGGAGAAACAGUCAUACAGCAGGGUGAUGAAGGAGACAACUUCUAUGUGAUUGACCAAGGCGAGGUGGAUGUUUAUGUCAACGGGGAGUGGGUCACCAGCAUCGGAGAGGGAGGCAGCUUCGGGGAGCUGGCACUGAUCUAUGGAACACCCCGGGCUGCCACCGUCAAGGCCAAGACAGAUCUCAAGCUCUGGGGCAUCGACAGAGACAGCUACAGACGCAUUUUAAUGGGCAGCACGCUGAGAAAGCGGAAGAUGUACGAAGAAUUCCUCAGCAAGGUCUCCAUUUUGGAGUCCCUGGACAAAUGGGAGCGGUUGACAGUGGCUGAUGCGCUGGAACCCGUCCAGUUUGAAGAUGGAGAAAAAAUUGUUGUGCAAGGAGAGCCCGGUGAUGACUUCUUCAUUAUUACUGAG